CUCAACUCAGGCAGAAACCUGCACCUUGGCUCCCAGGGCUGCAGUUCUUCAGGAAACCUCUUUUCCCCCAGAGAGGACGCCAUGAUCCUCCUAAAGCUCUCUUCCUUCCUGGCUUUCUUUGCCUUGGUUGUGUGCCAGAUGGACAGCCUCCAGGCUGCUCCAUUCAGGCCUGGUUUUGAAUCUGUCAUGCCAGACCAUGUGACUCUCAGCGAUGAUGAAGCUCGGUACCUGCUGAAUGCUUUGGUGAAGGAGUUUGUGCAGAUGAAAGCUGAUGAGUUGGAUCAGGUGACUGAGGACAACAGCCUGGACAGACCUAGAGCUAAACGGUGCAGUAAUCUGAGUACCUGUUUGCUGGGCAAGCUCUCGCAGGAACUGCACAGGCUGCACACUUACACUCGCACUGACGUCGGGGCACGAACACCUGGCAAGAAACGAGAGGCGCUGAGCGACCUGGAGAAUGACCGUUAUGCAAACUCUGAGGAUGCCCUGGGGAGCAACUAG